GUUUGUAAACAAUGUUUUGACGUCAAUGUCGUCUUUGGAGUCGUUUGAGGCCAAGAUCUGUCUUCUGGGCGACUCAGGAGUCGGCAAAUCGUCGCUCGUAACGCGCUUCGUUCACAACACUUUCAACGCUCACAACGAGUCGACAAUCGGCGCCUCUUUUAUGACCAAAACGUUCGUUCAAAACGACACUCAAUUCAAAUUCAACAUUUGGGACACCGCUGGACAGGAAAUGUACCGCGCGUUGGCCCCCAUGUACUACCGACAGGCGGCCGUCUGCAUAGUGGUGUAUGACGUCACGCAAGAGGAGUCCUUCCGUUCCGUCCAGUCGUGGGUUCGCGAACUGCAGACGCAUUUGUCGCGCGACAAGACUCUCAUCGCAAUCGUCGGCAAUAAAUGCGAUUUGGAGUUCGCGCGCAAAGUCGCGACCAAAGACGGCAAGGCGUUGGCGGAGGCGAUGAACGCGCUGUUCGUCGAGACGUCUGCGGCGCGCGAUCUCAACGUUCGCCAAUUGUUCCAAACUAUCGCCCAGCGAUUGCCGCCGCGAGAGACGAGACCCCAAUCGCCUGGACUCCGAUUGGACGGCGCGUCGGAAGCCCCGCCCCGAGACGCCCGCAAGUGCUGCUGAGGAGGCGUUCUAUUUAUGGAUUUUUUUUGCAGAUUUUAUUUAUUUAUAAAAGACUUUAUUUUCGAGAAAUAUAUUGUUUUUA